CUCUCGGUGCCUGGAUACUGGUGCUCAGCAUCUUGGCCAGAGAGGGGGACGUGGACUCUUUGCAUCCCACUCCACGGGCAGGGAUUUCUCCGCUUUCCCUCUAGGAAAACCUGAGUUUUCAAGGAAUUUGUAGGGUCUUGGUUGUUGGUGACAGAGAGGUGGGGAAGUUUGCAUUGAGCAUAUUACCACAGGCCAAAACAGAGAACUGGAUUGGAAGAGCAGCAGCCAGGUCUUGAACCGGUGCCCAUAUGGGAUGCCAGCACUUCAGGAUGGUGCUGCUCCACUGCUGUCUGUUGUGGCUGCUCUUACCGCUCAGCUCGAGGACUCAGAAGUUACCCACUCGAGAUGAGGAGCUGUUUCAGAUGCAGAUCCGGGACAAGGCAUUCUUUCAUGAUUCAUCAGUAAUUCCAGAUGGGGCUGAAAUCAGCAGUUAUCUCUUUAGAGAUACACCUAAAAGGUAUUUCUUUGUGGUUGAAGAAGACAACACUCCGUUAUCAGUUACGGUGACUCCCUGUGAUGCCCCUUUGGAGUGGAAGCUCAGACUCCAGGAGCUGCCCGAGGAGGCCAGCGGGGAGAGCUCAGGUGACCCGGAACCUCUGGAACAGCAGAAGCAGCAGACCACGAAUGAGCCAGGCACCGAGCUGUUUUCCUACAAAGGCAACGACGUUGAGUAUUUUACAUCCUCCAGUUCUCCAGCCGGUUUGUAUCAGCUGGAACUUCUUUCAACAGAGAAAGACACCCAUUUCAAAGUCUAUGCUACCACAACUCCGGAGUCUGAUCAGCCAUACCCAGAACUGCCCUACGACCCCAGGGUAGACGUGACCUCCCUGGGACGCACCACGAUCACUUUGGCCUGGAAGCCGAGUCCCACGGCUUCCUUGCUGAAACAGCCCAUCCAGUACUGUGUGGUCAUCAACAAAGAGCACAAUUUCAAGAGUCUCUGUGCCGUGGAGGAAAAGCUGAGCGAGGAUGACGCCUUCAUGAUGGCGCCGAAACCUGGUCUGGACUUCAACCCCUUUGACUUUGCCCACUUUGGAUUUCACUCAGAUCAUUUGGUAAAAGAACGCAGCUUCCUCACCAAAGCCUCCCCCAAGCUGGGGCGUCAUGUCUACUCGAGGCCCAAGCCUGACAUUCAGAAAAUCUGCAUAGGCAAUAAGAACAUCUUCACCGUGUCUGAUCUGAAACCCAACACACAGUACUACUUUGACGUUUUUAUGGUCAACAGCAAUAGCAAUACCAGCACAGCUUACGUAGGUACCUUUGCCAGGACCAAAGAAGAAGCUAAACAGAAGACAGUGGAGCUAAAAGACGGGAAAGUUACAGAUGUGUUUGUUAAAAGGAAGGGAGCAAAGUUUUUGAGGUUUGCGCCAGUCUCUUCUCACCAAAAAGUCACCUUCUUCAUUCACUCCUGUCUGGGCGCUAUCCAAAUCCAAGUGAGAAGAGACGGGAAGCUGUUUCUGUCUCAGAAUGUGGAAGGCAUUCGGCAGUUUCAGCUGAGAGGAAAACCUAAAGCAAAAUAUCUCAUUCGACUGAAAGGAAACAAGAAGGGUGCAUCUGUGUUGAAAAUACUAGCUAGCACAAGGCCUAGCAAGCACGCAUUUCCCUCUCUCCCCGAAGACACAAGAAUCAAAGCUUUUGACAAGCUCCGCACCUGUUCCUCAGCCACGGUGGCUUGGCUAGGCACCCAGGAAAGAAACAAGUUUUGCAUCUACAAAAAGGAGGUGGAUGAUAACUACAAUGAUGACCAGAAGAAAAGAGAGCAAAACCAGUGCCUAGGACCAGACACAAGGAAGAAAUCAGAAAAGGUCCUCUGUAAAUAUUUCCAGGGUCAAAACCUGAAGAAGGCGGUGACCACAGAGACAAUCACUGGGCUCCAGCCUGGCAAGUCUUACCUGCUGGAUGUUUAUGUCAUAGGACAUGGGGGGCACUCAGUGAGGUACCAGAGCAAAGUUGUGAAGACCAGGAAGUUCUGUUAGUUACCCCACAUGGAGGCGUGGGACGUAGGAUGCCAGGAGGGACGUGACGUCACUUUAAGCAUAAACUGACUACUCCCACAGCUGAGAAAAAGAGGUGCCCUUGCCACAGAAGGGAGGCUAUCAGUGUGUGUUUAUUGAUGUUUCUAAGAGUAACUGUCGGAGGGGACUUGCUCUGGUGUGCCUCCAUGGCACCUGGUGUGUGUCUGAUGCUGGCUGAUGUCAAAGACAGAGGACAUCUCGGAGGACCUGACAUUCCUUGCUUUGACCACUGCAUGAACUGCUUCUAAAUUAUUUUAUUACCUGAAAAUAUAAAAGAUGCCAUACAUUGCACACAUCCACAAAUGCAAAUCAUUCCUCUCUAUAGAUGCUAGGAGAUAUAUAUUAUAUAUAUAUAAAUUAUUUUAUAAAGUCUUGUUUUAAAUGUCAGUGUUUCUAUGAUUGUAAACUAUUAAAUUCUUUUCCUGUUAAAGUACAGAUCUAAUCUAAGUAUUAUUGAGUGGACAGCCCUCUAGUCAGUUAUAUUGCUAUUGUAAAUUCUUAUUUGUUGAGUAAAUGUUUAAAUGCUGUAUGUAUCUCAUGUACAAAGUUGACAUACAUUAUAUUCAUGUACAUAAAAUUAAAGAUAUUAGAUUAUAUACUGUUCAUUUUCCUAAGCAAUUACUUUGGUGUGUUGCAUUUCUAAUCUCCCUCUCAAAUGGUGCCUUUCUUUAAUUUGGCACCAAAAUUGAUGCUUUUUUAAUAGUUCAAAGGAGAUGAUACAUCCCUCUAAAGUUACUACAGUAUUAGAAACAGUAAAACUUGUAUUUUGGCAUUGAAUAGUACCCAGCUGUUCUGAGAAUUGAGAGACUUCAAGGCUAGGGCAAGCCAAACACUGUUAACUCAAUAAGUAGUCAAGAAAUCAUCCUUAACAGUCUAAAAUAUGUCAUACUUUAAGUGUUUAUUUUAAGUGCAAAAUUGAGUUUUCUGAGUAUUUUCCAUCUGUUUGAAUAUUAGCAAAAUAAUUAUUUUAAUCUUGCCUUGAAGCUAUUUGACAAACAUCCAUGAGGACUUUGGUUGGUAACAAGAAAACUACAAGAGCUGCUGUUUUAUAACAUUAACAACCUGCUGCUUUUAACUUUGAAUUCUCAUGAUUCUUUCUCAAAAGUAAUUUGAGUAGAUAUCAAUUUAGGCAAAAAACAAUCAACCAUUUGUUAGAGACCACACAGUAUAGUUUCAUUCUCCACAGGUUUUAUACAUUCAUCAUAAUCAGUCACAAGAACACUGGACCGGGAUUCAGAAAAGUCUGGAAGUUACAAUCACCUAAAAUUAAGUGGGUAAAGGAAAAAUCUGUGACCUCCCAUCAGCUCCCUUUCCCAUUUAUAAACUGAGGUGGUGAUAGAUUUGGAUAAGAUACCUUCUAACAUCAGAGAUUGUCUUUUGUAGAAGUCAGUGAUUCUAAACUAUCAAGUGUCUUGAUGACAGUGGAGACAGAUAUAAUUUCUUAACUGUUUCCUUGUCCCCUGCAUGUUGACCACUUUCCUGUAGCCUGCGGUCAUAAGUAGCAUUCCUAUACAGUGCAGAAUCACGAUUGUUAAGGUAGCAGAAGUUGUGCCCCUUAUGAAAUGCACUGUUCUCACCUUAGGAGAAGACAUCCCUCUUACAAGCAUAUCAUCCAACUCCUUAGUGCUAAGAAAUCCAAACAAAUCGAACACAUCUGUACAAACAGAAUGGACCACACCUUGUCUGAAAGAAUUUUUUAAAGAUUAAGAACAUGUACCCAGUGGUCAUGUAGCCAAUCUCUUCAGAAGAAGACAUUCUAAAAUUGACAGUGUCCCAGGGUGCCUUUGAAUCAGUUGAACCAGUUUUCUCCUGUCACUCACAUAUAUCCAAGUGUAUUAUACUGAGCAAUUGUUAAAUGGGACUAGAUUUAAUCAAAGAGUUACUGCAGCUCCUAAAGUGGACAGACUUAACUCUCAGAUACCUCUUAAUGUUUGCAAAGCCCUGGGAAUCAGGCCAAUUCAAUUUAAUGAAGCUUUGACUCUGCAGCCAGCUGUGAUGGUGGUUUCUCUAUAAUCUGGGUAAAUCUGAGUAUUUUUUGUGGCCCCAGUGAAAUUUGCCUGUUUUUAAGUUAUAGGAAAAUGAAACACACAUCAUGAAACUUCUAUUGCUCAUAAAGGAAGGGGAAAACCAUUUAAAAAUAAAGCUCUCAUGCAUAGUGAUAUGUUUUUAUUUUUUGAGCAUUCAGAUAAACUUGGAACAAUAAAGAAAAAUGUGUUCUUAAUUUACAAAAAACACAGAAUGUAGCUAAUAUGAAGCACAAACUUGACUACAUUAAGCUCCAGGAUCGCUAUAUUGAGAGCAGAGCAUUUUGAAUCCCAAUAUAGUCAUAUAUCAUUGAGGAAGGAGGAUUAUUUGAAGACAUUUAUUUCACUAUCUUUGUAUUUUAAAGGACAAUAAAGAACAUUUAAGACCAGAGAAAAAAUGAACCAAUAAAAAUUUUCUCAUAGUUGAAACAGCUAAGUAGUGGCAUUGCCCAGGCUCCCAAGUCCUGACCAGAUUACAAAUAACCAAUUCUAAGUAUAAAAAAUCACCUGUGGAUCAUUUUCUAAGCAGAAAUAAAUUUUGGUGCUAUUUAUUAUUUCUUUCUUUUUUCUUUUUUUUUUUUAAGAUUUUAUUUAUUUAUUUGAGAGAUAGAGUUACAGACAGUGAGAAGGAGAGACAGAGAGAAAGGUCUUCCUUCCGUUGGUUCACUCUCCAAAUGGCCGCAACGGCCGGAGCUGCUUCAAUCUGAAGCCAGGAGCCAGGUGCUUCUUCCUGGUCUCCCAUGCGGGUGCAGGGGCCCAAGCAUUUGGGCCAUCGUCCACUGCUUUCCCAGGCCACCGCAGAGAGCUGGAUUGGAAGAGGAGCGGUCGGGGCUAGAACCGGCCCCAUAAGGGAUGCCAGCACCGCAGGUGGAAGAUUAACCUACUGUGCCACAGUGCCAGCCCACUAUUUAUUAUUUCUGAGUGACUUAUUCUUCAAGGCCAUUUUAGAUUUCCUUAAGAAUGUUUGUGCAACCUGUAACUAACCACUUCAAACUUGUAUGAAAAAUGUUUAUAGGUCACCAUGUCAUUUUUAGAGAAAUAGAUAUUUCUCAUCUAGGUUUGCACACACACAAGCUUAAAUCUUGGAUAUCAUUAGUCUUUAAUGAUAAGCUCUUCUCUUAAGUUAAAAUUAUUCUGAGUCUACAAACAAUCACAUCAGAUUAUUUUCUUGAUUAAAUUAUAACCAAUGUCUGGAUUGAUUUUUUUAAGAUAUGGAUUAAAAGAUUAGUGCCGAAAAGA